UCUCUCUCUCUCUGUGUUUGUGUCUGUCUUUGUGUGUGCUUUCUAAUAAAGCGAUAACAGGGGAAGGAAAAGGAGACAUGGAGAAAGGAGAGCUGAGUGCUGCUCUCUUAGAAGAGAAGGAGUUGGAUGGGGGGGUGGGAUUGGCGAGGAGGACAUGGGAGGAGUCGAAGAAGCUCUGGAGAAUUGUUGCGCCGGCCAUUUUUAGCAGGGUGGUGACCUAUAGCAUGAACGUCAUCACCCAAGCCUUUGCCGGCCACCUCGGCGACCUCGAGCUAGCUGCCAUGUCCAUUGCCAACACCGUCGUCGUCGGCUUCAACUUUGGCCUCAUGCUGGGCAUGGCCAGUGCACUAGAGACAUUGUGCGGACAAGCGUUCGGUGCUAAGAAGUACCACAUGCUGGGUAUCUACAUGCAAAGAUCAUGGAUUGUGCUCUUCCUCUGUGCCGUCCUCCUCCUGCCGAUGUACUUCUUCGCGACGCCGAUCCUAGUUCUGUUGGGACAACCGCCGGAGCUGGCGGCCCUCGCCGGGAAAGUGUCGAUUUGGUUCAUCCCCCUCCACUUCUCCUUUGUGUUCCUCUUCCCCCUCCAGAGGUUCCUGCAAAGCCAGCUCAAGAAUGCGAUCAAUGCUUAUAUAUCUGCUAUUGCGAUGGUUGUCCACAUCUUCAUCAGCUGGCUCUUCGUGUCAAAGCUUCAGUUUGGCCUCACCGGCACCGCUGCGACGCUCAACUUCUCUUGGUGGGUCGCCGUAGCCUGCCAAUUCUUAUACGUCAGCUGCGGAGGUUGCCCUCACUCUUGGCAUGGAUUCUCCAUGGAAGCAUUUGCUGGGCUCUGGGAAUUCUUGAAGCUUUCUGCUGCUUCUGGUGUCAUGCUAUGUUUGGAGAACUGGUACUACAGAAUAUUGAUUCUUCUGACUGGAAACUUAAGGAAUGCCGAGAUAGCAGUAGAUGCGCUCUCCAUUUGCAUGAGCAUAAAUGGAUGGGAGUUGAUGAUUCCUUUGGGUUUCUUUGCUGGUACUGGAGUGCGGGUUGCAAAUGAGCUUGGGGCAGGCAAUGGCAAGGGGGCUAGGUUUGCGACCAUCGUCUCGGCAUCGACCUCCGUCGUGAUAGGCCUUUUCUUUUGCACUUUGAUCAUGUCCCUCCACGACAAAUUCGCUUUCAUCUUCACCACAAGCACUGUGGUUCUUGACGCUGUAGACAAUCUGUCCAUUCUGUUGGCAUUUACCAUUCUCCUUAAUAGCGUUCAACCAGUUCUUUCUGGUGUGGCUGUUGGAUCGGGGUGGCAAGCAAUGGUGGCAUAUGUUAACAUUGGGUCCUACUACCUAAUAGGUGUUCCUCUUGGGGUUCUCAUGGGAUGGCUCUUCAACUUGGGGGUUCUGGGUAUUUGGGGUGGAAUGAUUGGUGGAACUGCUGUCCAGACAUUGAUAUUGGCCUUCCUGACCAUCAGAUGUGAUUGGGAUAAGGAGGCGAUGAAAGCUAUCAAUCGUGUUGAGAAUUGGGAUGGUCCCAGAUGAUCAUGGAGGAUUGGUUAUUCAGAAGCAGAAAUAAUCAGAAAAAGUUGAUCCAUUCUGUCGAUAAUUUCUUUUACCAAAAGAAUUGGACUAAUAAAUACCAGUUCUCUCUCCUCUCAGGUUAAUAUUAACAUUGCUUUUUUUGUUUUUUUUUUUUGGGUGGGGGGUGGGGUUUUGCUUUUACGUUAUUUGAUUAAGCAGAGGCGAGUUGGUUGCUGAGAUUAUGGUAGUACAUGUUGCUUCCAGGAAGCUAAAUGGCAAGGUAAAUGCUUGAUGAAUUUAUUACAUUGUUACAUCAUUGAGAAAUCUGAUUGAUCCAUUAAAAUUAGGAUCGAAUCUGUAUACUUGGAUUUAAAUCCAGAUCUUAACCGAAACGUUUAUCUUUGCGUAUAAGUACAUGGAUAUUGCUAAGAAAA